CAAAAGAGAAGAAAAAAAAUCAUCAAGAACUCAGGAGUCGGCAGGGCCGCUACGACACGGCAACCCACAGUUGCGCCGUUAUUAUAAAACGCCACACGUAGGCACACGGCGUCCCCGCGGUGGGCGUCCUUUUUCUGCACCGGGAGAUAAACCGACCGCACCCCUGACCGCGACCCGCAGCUGCUCCGCCGCGCCGCGCAGCGCCGCCGGUUCUUCGCGAGCAAUUCUUGUAAAGCAUUGUCACCACCACUUGUAAUGGGUGGAAGCCAGUACGAUGAUGAAUGGGUGUUGCCCAGUGCCGAUAUCACUCUUGUUCUUGUUGGGAAACUUGGCUAUGGCAAGAGUGCAACUGGAAAUAGCAUCCUUGGACGGGAAGCAUUUGUAUCGGAAUAUUCACAUGCCAGUGUUACUAAUACUUGUCAGUUGGGAAGCACUACCCUGAAGGACGGCCGCACCAUCAAUGUUAUUGAUACCCCAGGGUUAUUUGAUAUGAGCAUUUCAUCUGAUGAAGCUGGUAAAGAGAUUGUUAAAUGUAUGAACAUGGCUAAAGAUGGGAUACAUGCAGUUCUGAUGGUUUUCUCUGCCACAUCUCGGUUUUCUCGAGAGGAUGCAAGUACAAUUGAGACCAUUAAGGUCUUCUUUGGGGAAAAGAUUGUUGACCACAUGAUUUUAGUUUUUACUUAUGGAGAUCUAGUUGGUGAAUCUAAGUUGAAGAACAUGCUAAAUAAUGCGCCAGAGUAUUUGCAGAAUGUUGUUGAGCUAUGCCAAAACAGAGUUGUCGUCUUCGAUAACAUGACCAAUGACCGAAGGCUCCAAGCGCAGCAACUUGACAAAUUGCUUGAUGUAGUGGACUCAGUUUGUGCAAACAAUGGAGGAAAACCAUUUUCAGAUCAAAUGUUCACUCGCAUCAAGGAGGUGCAUGAUAGAGAAAAAGAGGUGCAUACCUUGGGGUAUUCAGAAGAGCAGAUAUCUGAGUUGAAAAAGGAGAUUCAUAGAACUAGGGAUGAACAGCUUGCACACAUAACCAGCAUGGUCGAGGAAAAGUUAAACUGCACUGUGGAGAAGCUGCAACAGCAACUCAUGGAAGAACAGAACGCAAGGCUGGAAGCUGAGAAGGUGGCGUAUGAAGCUAGGCUGAAAUCAGAAGCGGAGAUCCAGAAGCUCAAGGAGAGCCUCAAGAAGGCUCAAAGGGAAAACGAGGAGUUCCGGAGGAUGGCGCAGAGCCAGGGCAGCAAAUGUGCUAUCCUGUAGGGUACUUGCUAGAAGUUUCGGUGGGGCUAAUCGUGCUGCCGCGUCUCUUAUCUGUAGUAGUACCUUUUAGCAGUUUAUGCGACAACUGUUAAUUAGUCACUGGUAUUCGAAUCUUCUCUUCCCUACAUUAUCGUUGUGCUUCUUUGCUUGUGAGGCUGAGUAAGUAAUCAAAUCUCUUUGCAGCCCUGUCAACUUGCUCGAAGGAUUGUAACUUGUUGUUGGCAUCUUGGAGAUAGUUUUUGGGUA